AUGAUCAUUAAGCCGGCACUCACAAUCACCUUCGAAGAGGAGGAGCUUCCCAUUAGCUCAUCCCAUUUUGACGUGUCUUCUGGCUUAAAAUCACGAAAUCAGUCUGCAAUUAAUGAUGAUAAAAGUGUUAGUGUGGCUACAGGUGGACUUGCCGUCAACCAAGAAAAAUUCAGGCUGUCGUCUGUGUUAAAGAGUAGCUUGAAUGAGAAGGAAGUGGAUGAAUUGAGAGAAAUUUUCAGGCUCGUUGAUCAGGAUGGUGGAGGAACGAUAUCAAAGGAUGAAUUACAAAUUCUGAUGAAAACACUCGGAAUUCGUGCUUCAGCUGCAGAGCUAGACGCCAUGGUAGACGAAAUCGACAAGGAAAAGACUGGUGAAAUCGAUUUCCCAUCCUUUGUAUCAGCCAUGUCGCGAGAGGUACAGACAUCUGUUAGCGAAGAUGAGCUACGGAAGGCCUUCAAAUUAUUCGACCACCAUUUCGGAGGUAAACCUGGACAUAUAACAUACCCUCAACUUAUGUCCAUCUUGUGUCAUUAUGGCGGGAAAUCACGGUUUAGUAACGAUGAUGCUGCUUACAUUCUCUCACAGAUCUUGCCAUCAUUAAGCCAAACAGGCUCACUAGAAUACAAUGGCUUUAUCGAAAUCUACAAGGAAGCAUGGGAAAACGCGUCUGCCACGUCAACAGCCAAUGUGAAGAAGUGA